AUGAAUUGCAGAAACACUUUCAGGGUUCAAUCAUGUUGUUUUGCUUCAAAUUCCUCUGCUUUAAGUUCAUCAGAAAUGAAGGGUGAAAUCCAAGAAAGCAAUAGUAAGGCAAAAGUUAAGCAAUUAGUUGAUAAAAUCCGAGCAACCCCACCUAAAGAAAGGUCUAAAGUUCUUGAAUUUAUGAUUGAGAAGCAGGGUGAUACCAAAACUAUAGGUUAUUUUAAUGAUUUGAUAAUGGGUUUAGUGAUGGCUGAGGAGUUGGACUAUGCCUUGAAGUUGUUCGAUGAAAUGUCAAUGCAUGGUUUUUCACCAGACUGUUGGACAUACUCUAUACUUAUCAGGUGUUACUGUAAGAAAAACCAGCCUGAUGAAGGGAAAAGAGUUUUGGACUGUAUGAUUGAAAACGGGUUACGGCCGAAUGUUGUGACUCUUACCAUUUUGGUGAAUUCAUUAUGCUCAAGAGGUAGACUUCAGAAAGCUUUUGAGGUGAUGGAGAUGAUGGGUAAAGUUGGGUGUAACCCAAAUGUUCAAACUUAUAAUUGUGUGUUAAAAGGGUUAUGCUUUGUUGGGAGAGUAGAAGAAGCUUAUGAUAUGUUGAUGGAUUUGAAGAAUAAAGGGGAUAGUAAAGAGAGUAGUGGUAAUCCUGAUAUUUAUUCAUACACUGCUGUUAUGGAUGGUUUCUGUAAAGUAGGUAGAACAGAUGAAGCCAUGGAACUGCUUGAGGAGGCAAUUGAAAUGGGAUUAACACCUAAUGUGGUUACUUAUAACGCGCUGUUUAAUGGGUAUUGCAAAGAAGGGAAACCGAGGAAAGGGAUCAAGUUGUUGAAACUAAUGAAGGAUCGCGGUUGUGUACCUGAUUAUAUAAGUUACAGUACUUUGCUUCAUGGAUUGUUGAAAUGGGGAAAAGUUAUGGUAGCUUAUUGGGUAUACAGCGAAAUGGUUGAGGUUGGUUUCAAGGUGGAUGAAAGAAUGAUGAACAGUCUGUUAAGGGGUUUGUGCAGGAAUUCCUGGGAAGAAGAAGAGCUGUUGAAAAAUGUUUAUGAAGUAUUUGUGAAAAUGAAGAGUUGGGAUCAUUCUAUCUUUCCUGACACUUACUACUUAAUUAUCCAAACAUUUUGUAUUGGGAAUGAGGUUGAUAUGGCUUUGAUUACUUUGAUUGAGAUGGUUGAAGCUGGUUAUUUUCCGAGAAUGGUCACGAUUAACCGAAUGAUCCGAGGACUCUGUGAGGAGGGGAAGAUUAGCAAAGCACUGUCAGUAUUAGUUGUUGUGUGUGAAGCUGGUAAAAUUCCCAGCAAAAUUAGCUAUAACAUUUUGAUUGAUGAGUUCAAUAGGCAAGGGUUUCUGCUUGGUGCUUGCAGUGUGUAUGGUGCAGCAUUAAAGCUUGGUAUGAUUCCACACCAGAUGCCCUUGAAUCCUCAACAAAAUAGAUCACUAUAA